CUGUUCCCGGAGUGUGGGGCUGUCUCUCUCUCGGGCUGAGAUGCUGCUCACACAGGGAGAGCCGGUCUGUGUGCUGGGGGCGAUCUGACAGCCAGGACUCACCUACCUACCGCCACCUACCUACCGCCACCUACCUACCUACCUCCCACCCCCCGGGACUCACCGCCUGCCCGCCGCUGGGAUGCCGCUAGGGAUGGUCCCUGUCCGCCCGGACCUGGUGCUGCUCUCCGGGAUCCUGCUCAGCUCAGAAUUCGGUCUGACCCUGGGGUUCACGUCCAAGGACAAGUUUCGUAAGAUGUCUGAAGGUGCGUCCUCAUUCUCUCAGCAGCCCCAGGACCAGGUUGUGGUUGCCGGGCAACCUGUUAAUCUCUUCUGUGCCAUCCCUGGUUACCAUGGAAUUGUACUGUGGAUUAAAGAUGGACUGGCAUUAGGGGUCGGCCGUGACCUUUCUGGCUAUCCACGCUAUUCUGUAGUCGGUGACCAUUUGUCCGGGGAGCAUCACUUGAAGAUCCAGCGAGCAGAACUUCAAGAUGACGCUAUGUACGAAUGUCAGGCCAUCCAGGCAGCAAUCCGCUCACGCCCAGCUCGACUGACGGUGCUUGUUCCGCCAGAUGAUCCUGUAAUUAUUGGUGGCCCUAUAAUUAGCCUCCGAGCAGGGGAUCCACUAAAUCUGACGUGUCAUGCAGACAAUGCAAAGCCGGCAGCGACCAUUAUCUGGAUGAGGAAUGGCGAGGUCCUAAAUGGAGCAACAUAUUCCAAGACCUUGCUGAGGGACGGGAAGAGAGAAAGUAUUAUCAGUACACUUUUCGUCUCAUCGUCCGAGAUAGAGAACGGUCAAACCAUCACUUGCCGAGCCACCAAUAAGGCUGUGCCAAAUGGAAAAGACACAACAGUCACCAUCAACAUCCAGCAUCCGCCACUAGUUAACCUCACGGUGGACCCACAGCCUGUGCUGGAAGAUAAUAUGGUUAAAUUCAACUGCGCAGCUAAGGCCAAUCCCGCAGUAACACAGUACCGGUGGGCUAAAGGAGGCCACAUCCUGAAAGAGGUGACAGAAGAAAGCUACGAAACUGUAGUUGAUUAUUCGUUCUUCUCGGAGCCCGUUUCCUGUGAGGUCACCAACGCUCUUGGAAGCACCAACAUCAGCAGAACCGUCGAUGUGUAUUUUGGACCUCGGAUGGCUGUAGAACCCGAAUCUGUUCUUGUGGACCUUGGUUCAGAUGCCACAUUUCACUGUGCGUGGACUGGUAACCCCUCGCUCACCAUUGUCUGGAUGAAGCGGGGUUCUGGGGUGGUAUUGAGUAAUGAGAACACUCUAACGUUAAAAAGUGUUCGCCAGGAGGAUGCUGGGAAGUACGUGUGCCGGGCAGUCGUUCCACGUGUGGGUGCUGGAGAGAGAGAACUCUCUCUGACAGUAAAUGGUCCUCCUAUCAUCUCCAGCACACAAACCCAGCACGCGCUGCACGGGGAGAAAGGCCAGAUCAAAUGCUUCAUUCGCAGUACACCGCCUCCUGAUAGAAUAGCCUGGUCUUGGAAGGAGAACGUCUUAGAAUCGGGGACCUCGGGACGAUACACAGUUGAAACCGUCAGCACAGAUGAGGGCGUUAUCUCCACCUUGACCAUUAGCAACAUUGUCAGAGCAGAUUUCCAGACCAUUUAUAACUGCACCGCCUGGAACAGCUUUGGGUCCGAUACGGAGAUUAUAAGACUCAAAGAACAAGGUCCGAACAUGCAGUCAGGAGCCAGUUUGGAGCAAGAGUCUGUUCCGGUGACGGUGAUUAUCGGCGUAGCAGUGGGAGCUGGCGUGGCCUUCCUUGUUCUCAUGGCAACCAUUGUGGCGUUUUGUUGCGCUCGGAACCAGAGGAAUCUGAAGGGCGUAGUAUCCGCCAAAAAUGACAUUCGGGUGGAGAUUGUACAUAAAGAGCCAACUACAGGGAGAGAGUCUGAAGAUCAUUCCACUAUCAAACAGUUAAUGAUUGACAGAGGGGAGUUUCAGCAGGACUCGGUGCUCAAACAGCUGGAGGUCCUGAAAGAGGAAGAGAAGGAUUUCCAAAAUUUAAAGGACCCAACCAAUGGCUACUACAGUGUAAACACAUUCAAGGACCAUCACUCAACGCCAACAAUUUCCCUUUCCAACUGCCAGCCGGACAUUCGACCAGCAAAUAAGCAACGGGUUCCUACAGGCAUGUCUUUCACCAACAUUUACACCACUCUGAGCGGCCAGAAUCGCCUCUAUGACUACAGCCAGCGCUUUGUCUUGGGAAUGGGCAGCAGUUCCAUCGAGCUCUGUGAGCGGGAGUUUCAGAGAGGAUCCAUGAGCGACAGCAGCUCAUUCCUGGACACUCAGUGUGACAGCAGUGUUAGCAGCAGCGGAAAGCAAGAUGGCUACGUUCAAUUCGACAAGUCGAGCAAGGCAUCAGCCUCUUCUUCACACUACUCUCAGUCAUCCUCUCAAAACUCUGACCCAAGCAGGCCUCUUCAGAGGCGAAUGCAGACACACGUGUGAAAUAGGCCUAUAUGGGGCAUUGUGUCAAAUAUAUGGGAGGGCUGGAAAGAUGUACAAGAGUUGGGUGGCAAUGGUGGAACUUCCAGAAAAAAAAUAGAUUUUGGACAUCCUGGAGUCUUAAAGAAAGGAAUGGCCUCUCUGGUUGAGAUAUUUAUUUAGUUUUAUAUUUAUAUGAAAAGGAGAGGAUGUUCCUAUUGUAAAAAAAGGAAAAUCAAAGCACUUUGUUCAAAAGAGUACAACAAGCCAUGGUUCUAUGAGUUAGGAAGGAGGAAAAAAAGAACCUUUUAUAAACUAUCCCAAAAGAAAAAAAAUGUAUGAUAAUAAAAAAUGAGCUCCCGUUUCUGACUUGGAGCCUCGGCCCGGAUUUUAAUUGUCUCAACUAGGAAUUUAGCCAUUAGCAAGCACAAUGUUGAUAUAUUAAACACAGUCUUUGAUAGUCUGAACAUACACAUUCUGGAGAUUCAGAAGCUGUUCUAGAGAUUUAAAGAAUGUUCUAGAUAUUAAGAUGCUGUUUCUGACAUUCAGAGGCUGGAGGGUUAUUAUAUAGUUACAUCAUUCAGACAGAAUGUCAUCUCUUAAGACGGAUUCCUAAAGCGCCCACCAAGAUACAAAUAUAGCUGUUCCAGCUGGACUCUUCCUCAGGAGUGAACGUAGGAAACACUUCCCACCAGGGGCAAGUGACGGGACCUAUAUACAUGUGUUGUCUAACAUAGCAAACACAGCACCAAUCUCUAUUCAACACUUAGGCAAAUAAGUCAGUUUGGUGUCAAAGAAACCAUAAUCUUGCAAGAUGGCCAAGAAAAUAUACAGAUAUUUGUUGGUAGUGGUCAUUUGUUUUUGUUUAUUUUCUAAAUUGGCCAACUGUGAACCCCCCCCCCCCCCCCCCUCCCAUCAAAAUGGUGCCGGGGUCACAUUCUUGUUUGCAAUAGAUUAUCAGAAAUGCCCUUACUGGACAUGUGAAAGGACUCAUUGUUCCUAUUUGUUUUUUUGUCAUUUUCCCUUCCAAACAAUUAAAACAAAAAGAUUUCUCGAUUCAGUGAUGUUGGUCACUGUCAGAUCCCGUAUCACAUCCUUUCAAUAUUCUUAUCUCCGUCACUGGUUUACUUUCAUUAUCUCACCUCUUCGUUGUAUCGACACCCAAAUGGACUGACAUGAAUUCAUGCAUAAGAACAUAUUUAUGUAUAAUUUUUAUACUACUUGUUGAGUUCAUUCUGAACUAUUCUCAAUAGAUUGGAAAAAAAAGUCUUGUUUUUGCCAUUGUCUCUACUAUUUCAUAAUUCAUUAACAGUUGUCUGACAUGCUGAUGUUAAUGUUGUGGAUGCAAGUCCUGUCCAUAACAGUAAGUGUCAUCUACUAGGAACUACAAUGUUCCUUUUAAAGUGUUAAGGCCAGUCUUUCACAUCUCAACCAAAACAAAUGAAGUGGGUCUAGUAAGGUCAAUAAGGUAAAUAUAGUAAGGUCAACAGUUAAAUAUUGUGCCAGGAAAUUACUGAUCAAGAAGUAUGGUAAGUGAUCUGAUUGUGUUCUAGCACUGGACGUUCUUGUGAAAAGUUAAGAAAGAAAGAGCCUUGCUGGUUGGUACGGCCUGACAAUCAGAGGGGGAAAGCCAUGAACUACGGGACAGUACAUUCCUGUCGCCCACUCAACAACUCCUAUAAUAGCACAAAUUAAGGAUUAAAAGUCAAAACCUGUUAUGUCAAAUAUCUUUGGUUUGUCGUUUUCUUUUGGUUUGUUUUGUUUUUAAAUAUACUUGUAGAAAUGACUUGAUAAUAGGGAUUAGUAGAU